CUGUUUUGAACCUCCUCCCAUAUAUUUUGACCGUAUGCCUUGUUGUCCUCCGAUCUUGUGGUUAAUCCGUGGCGCCUUCUGUGGCUCGUAAGCAGCCCGGAUUUGUGCCGCAUUUCUACGACGUUCUCUCAAGGUCCAGGCCAUUUCAGAUCGGUCUCCAACGCAGCCGACCCUACGUGGUAUCUGCAGGGUACUCAUAGCACUCUAGCUUGGCUUGUUGGCCCGUUUCAAGAACGCAUACCCCCUUGACGCUAUGGCGGAUCCUGGGCGAACUUCAUGGACAAAUAAUAAUGGUCCUGCCGCUACUUUGGAACCUAGCAGCGAAAGCAACAAUCAUGUCCCUCGCCCCAAGCGCAUCGCUUGUAUCGUUUGCAGAAGGAGGAAAUUGAAAUGUGAUUCUCAACGACCGAGCUGUGGGAACUGUUCUAGAUUAGGUCACGACUGUGCCUAUGAUGAAGUUCGCAAGAAGAGUGGCCCAAAGCGGGGAUAUGUGAAGCAGCUGGAGGCACGAUUAGCGCAUGUUGAGACCCUUCUGCGGAAUCAGGAACCAAAUGUCGUUCAACUGCAACCGGCACAAACCCGAGAGAACGUUUCGUUUGCCCCAAUGCAGAGCGAAUCGAUAACACCAGGGCUACUUGAUAUUCCAGAUCUUCCUAUCCUAAAUGGUAUAGAGAAUCCAAUGCUACAAAUUCCAGAAGCAACCGAGUCUCAUCAGUUGAAUCAAACGUGCAUGCCUGGCCAAAGCUUCACCAACGAAUUUCAGUGGGAGAUGAUAGGGUUGGGAUUGGAAGAACCUCUCCCGACUCAAGACAUUAUCGAUGAACUUCAUCAAAUAUAUUUCGACAAAGUCCACCAUUUUAUGCCCAUAGUACAUCGUCCACGUUAUCUCAUGACCGCGAACCUCGCCCCUAAUCUGCGACCACCUGCUUGCUUGAGAUACAUUAUGUGGUGCCAUGCAGCGAUGGCAUCAGAUAAAUAUUCUUUCCUACACGAAGAAUUCUAUAGGCGAGCACGCAAGUAUGCUGAAUUGGAUGAAAUGAAAGGCUAUGGAGAAAGCAUUGUCAGUACAGCGCACUGCCAAUGUCUUCUGCUUAUUGGCACAUACGAAUUUAAGCGAAUGUUUUUUCCACGGGCAUGGCUAUCUGUAGGAAAGGCCGCGCGGUUAGCACUGAUGAUGAGUUUUAAUCGAAUUGAUGCUCCAGACCGUGAUGGGAAGCAAUGUUCUUCGCCGCCAAGAGACUUUUCCGAGAAAGAAGAGAGAAGAAGGGUGUUUUGGUUGUCUUAUUGCGCCGAUCGUUAUGCCAGUAUCGGGACCGGAUGGCCGAUGAUAAUAGAUGAGAAAGAUAUCAUGGUCAAUCUUCCCGCUAGCGAAGAAGCAUUUAUGCAGAACAAGCCGGAAAGUACGCCGCGUCUCGACGACGCCCUGCUUGGGGAUGGGAUCUCGUCUCUGUCGUCCAUAGGAGGUGUUGUUCUGAUGGCAUCGCUUUUGGGCCGGAACCUCUCUCAUCUUCACCGUCCCGAUGAACAAGAUAGAGAACACGACCUGAACGGGGAGUUCUGGAAACGGCAUAGGGCUUAUGACAACAUACUGCUCAAUAUUGCCUUGUCACUACCGAGCCACCUUAGACUACCGGCUGGGAUCGGAGACCCAAAUGUCAUCUUCUGCAACCUAGGCCUGCACACGGCCACGAUAUGCUUGCAUCAGGCCGCUAUUUUUAAGGCAGAGAAAAAUAAGCUACCUGUUCAGAUAAUUACAGAAAGCAAACGAAGAUGUAUCGUUGCUGCUGACCAGACUUCCAGCCUCCUGAAGAUGAUAUGUCAUACAGAUUUGUCUGGUGCAAACCCUUUUAUGGCAUUCUGUAUAUAUGCCUCGGCCCGGGUCUUCAUUCAGUAUCUGAGAUCCCGCCCACAUGAUUUGACAGCUCGAUCGUCCUUGGAGUUUAUUGUCAAUAUCCUCAAGGCUCUUAAAAGAAAGAACCCAUUGAGCGAGUCAUUCCUUAUGCAGCUGGAUGUAGAUAUGGAAGGGAUAGGGUUUCAGAUUCCAGGUCUAACAAGAACGCCGCCUGUGACCUCGGUUGCUUGUAAUAGCCCGCUGAAUGUUCCAGACCCUAGUCGCUUCACCGUUAGCGAUCCCUCGUCUUCAAACAUUUUCACGGAUAGUUUGCCACUAGACAUCACAUCGACAAACACAUCAGGUGGCUCUCACCCACUAUCAACUGUCCCAAUGCCAGAAGAAGCCCAAUAUAUAAACCCGAUGGCCUUUCAGAAUAGUAAUCCCAUAGCAGGAUCUGCUCAUCUAACUCACAGCUCUAGCCCGGGAGGUGCAAGGGAAAUGGAUCUCUCAGAAGAACCAAGAACUGGUGAGAGAAGCAAUAACUCACCUUCAGAUAACCCAACACCAUCGACCUUAAAUUCUUCGUCAAAUACAAACACGCCCCCUUCCAUCUCGAGAUGCAAUCAGGCCUCUGUCUCAUCCUCGAGCGGAGCGGGCCAUAACUCUCGUUCCCCAACACACUUGCCUUCGGAAGAUAAUAAUAAUACCUUCAACUUUAUGAAAGUCCCGUGUGUGAAUAAGCUUGCAAAAAGUCGUCUUACAAAAACACCCAGUUCUACUACUGCAUCUGGGACUGAUCUUGAUCUUCCAGUGUUCUCGGCGUGGGACUCUCUAUCGACCCCGAUUCCAGACCUAGGAAACAUCGGCACUCCAGACUCAGCGACUGAGGCUCAAUGGGCCCAGAUACUCAACGAGUCUGGCUGGGAGAGUUGGCGGGGCUAGCUAGGGCAAUUGUAUUUUAAGAGGGUAAUUUGAAGCGGCGUUUUAUCGGAACGGAAAGUACGUUAAGGGGUAAUGGAUGGUUGGAGUUGGAUAACUGCUUUAUCCCAUUUGAAAUGAUAAUGGAUGUUUAAUUGGGGACUAUCGUUUGGACGCUCAUAUAUCCCGGCGUAUAUUGACAAGGAUAUACCAAAUCACAACUCUUUUGUUUAUUUUCCAACUAUGAGAUGGAUAAUUCAUUAAGUUCCACUCCAGGACAUCUCAGAAGUUUUCCUCAUGCUCAUGUCCUCAAGACGAACCCGAGAUAUAAUCGUUAUGGGUAAUGCGGAUGAUAUUAGGAAAAUCAAAGACCACCCCCAGCAGCGCCCACAAUCUUCAGACCGCCGCUUCCAUGCCCAUCAGGCGUGGUUGAAUAUGCCAACCAGUACCUUGACGGAUGCCAUGCCACAGCAGGAAUGCCGGUAUUGGACCCCCCGCCGGUGGGAACGGUAUAGAUGCUUUCACCAGUUUCGGCAUGGAAGAUCUCCAGCCCAUUCCCGCCGCAGCCGGGCUCAUCGCAGGCGCCACAGAUGAAGCGGCCAUCAAAACUCCAGCUGACGCCCCGGACUGCGCCGCCGUUAUUACUCGACACUGUACGCCGGCAGACCCAGUCCGUGGUGUCCCAGAGGGAUAUGAGGGCGUCGCUGCCGCCAACGGCGAGGUACCGGCCUGUCGGCGCGAGGGCAAGAGAGAGACAGGCGGACGUGUGGGCGUGUAGAGUGUGUACGGUGUUGAAGGAAGGAUAGGACAUGACUUUCACAGUGCCUUCACCGGUAGUAGCGAAGAAGUAGAGGUCUGGUAAUUCGGGGGUAGAAAUAUGAUGGGAGAAGGCUGUUGCGUUUGUUUGGAUGGGUUGGGGGUGAGAUUGUAGGGUUGUAUAGGUCGAGUUCACUGAGGUGCCGGCUUUGGCAUUGCCGCUCGAGAGAGUAGUCGGACUGGAAGGGGAACUGACAGAUAUAGGGAUUAAGGUAUCGU